AUGAAAUACCCAACUCUUAUCGACACCCAACAGCUCUUCCGUGAGCAUGAUCAUCCAGUCAAGGCCGGUCUCGAUCCAAAAUGCCGAUCCACCAAACCACUUUGCCCAGACUCUUUUGCAAAAGUGAUCAAGAACAUUGACACGUUCAUUUUCGACGCUGAUGGUGUUCUGUGGUUGGGUGAAUCAGUGAUGCCAGGAUCUCCUCGUCUCAUUGACUAUCUGGUAAAACACAAUAAACAAAUCAUUGUGCUCACCAACAAUGCGACUAAAUCGCGUGCCGUUUAUGCGAAGAAAUUGGCAAAACUCGGAUACAAUUCAUCCAAAAUGAACAAGAACAAUUUGGUGAAUCCCGCUGCAGUAGUUGCCGAUACAUUGCACAGAUCUGGAUUGGAUGGAAAACGAGUUUAUUUGAUUGGAGAACAAGGACUUCGCGAUGAAAUGGAUGAGUUGGGCAUCGAAUAUUUUGGACAUGGACCAGAAAAGAAACAAAAUGAAGAAGCAGGAAGUGGUGCAUUUAUGUAUGAUAUCAAAUUGGAGGAGAAUGUUGGAGCAGUUGUUGUUGGAUACGAAAAACAUUUCGACUAUACAAAAAUGAUGAAGGCUGCCAAUUACUUGAGAGAAGAAGGUGUCCUGUUCGUGGCCACAAACGAAGAUGAAACAUGCCCGGGACCAAAUCCAGAAGUCGUUAUUCCUGAUGCUGGACCAAUUGUGGCUGCAAUCAGAUGCGCAUCUGGAAGAGAUCCAUUAACAGUUGGAAAACCAUGUACUCCAGCAUUCAAUUAUAUCAAAAGAAAAUGGAAUAUCAAUCCUUCUAGAACUAUGAUGAUUGGUGACAGAACCAACACUGAUGUGAAAUUCGGAAGAGAUCAUGGAAUGAAGACACUAUUGGUGUUGUCUGGAUGCCAUCAAAUUGAAGAUAUCAUUGAGAAUCAGAUGAAUGAACGCGACGAUAUGGUUCCUGACUACGUCGCCCCUUGCCUUGGAGCUCUUGUACCAGAAAGAAUGUAG